AUGGCGAGCCCGGCGCCUCCCGAGCACGCCGCCGAGGGAUGCCCGGCUCCGGCGGUCGCGGAGCAGCCGCUGCGGCCGCGGCCGCCGCCCCGGACUCCCCCGGAGGAGCAGGGCGAGGUAGCGCAGGAGGAAGGGGCGGUGGCGACCGGCGCGGGGCCGCAGGUGGAGGAGGAGGCCGCCGGCGGGGUGGCCGCCGCCGUGACCUGGCUGCUGGGGGAGCCCGUGCUGUGGCUGGGCUGCCGCGCGGAUGAGCUCCUGAGCUGGAAGAGGCCGCUGCGCAGCCUACUCGGCUUCGUCGCCGCCAACCUGCUGUUCUGGUUCCUUGCACUGACGCCAUGGAGAGUGUAUCACCUGAUUUCUGUCAUGAUACUUGGGCGUGUUAUCAUGCAAAUAAUAAAGGAUAUGGUUUUGUCUAGAGCUAGAGGUGCACAGUUGUGGAGAAGCCUCAGCGAAAGCUGGGAAGUUAUCAAUUCCAAACCAGAUGAAAGACCCAGGUUCAGCCACUGUAUUGCAGAAUCAUGGAUGAAUUUCAGCAUAUUUCUUCAAGAAAUGUCUCUUUUUAAACAGCAGAGCCCUGGCAAGUUUUGCCUCCUGGUCUGCAGUGUGUGCACAUUUUUUACAGUCUUGGGAAGUUAUAUUCCUGGAGUUAUACUCAGCUAUCUACUGCUGCUGUGUGCAUUUUUGUGUCCCCUGUUUAAGUGUAAUGAUAUUGGACAAAAAAUAUACAGCAAAAUCAAGUCAGGUCUGCUGAAGCUAGAUUUUGGAAUUGGAGAAUAUAUUAAUCAGAAGAAACGUAAGAGAUCUGAAGCAGAUAAAGAAAAAAGUCACAAAGAUGACAGUGAAUUAGACCUUUCAGCUCUUUGUCCUAAGAUCAGCCUUACGGUUGCGGCCAAAGAGUUGUCUGUGUCUGACACAGACGUAUCCGAGGUCUCCUGGACUGACAAUGGGACCUUCAACCUGUCAGAAGGAUACACUCCACAGACAGACACUUCCGACGAUCUUGACCGACCGAGCGAAGAAGUUUUCUCUCGAGACCUUUCCGAUUUUCCAUCUGUAGAAAACGGCAUGGGAACAAAUGAUGAAGACGAGUUCAGCCUUGGCUUGCCCACUGAGCAAAGGAGAAAAAAGGAGCAGGUGGACAGCGGUCUCAGAGCGAGCAGAGAGAGGCAGUCAGCAGCUGGUCUCACCCUUCCUUUGAGCAGUGACCAAACCUUUCACUUGAUGCGCAACCUGGCUGGGGACGCCAUUACGGCCGCGGUGACAGCAGCCAUCAAAGAGCAGUUAGAGGGCGCACAGCAAGCACUUUCUCAGGCUGCCCCCAGCCUGGGCGACGACACAGACACUGAAGAAGGUGAUGACUUUGAACUACUUGACCAGUCAGAGCUUGAUCAAAUUGAGAGUGAAUUGGGACUUUCACAAGACCAAGAAGCAGAAUCACAGCAAAAUAAGAAGUCUUCCGGCUUCCUUUCAAAUCUACUUGGAGGCCAUUAGUCUGGGAAUCAACCUGUUCAACACAGCACAGAUAAAACUACCAAAAAAUUUCAAACAAGCAAAAAAA